AUGGCAGACACCGUUGGUUUCAGAAUUCCAGAAGUUAUUCUCGCUGGUGUCACAUUGGACAAUGAACUCACCAUCUCGAACGGCAGCUUCCUCGCGAGCCUCUUCCUUCGUCUUCCUCCAGAGCUUUGGUUCAUGAUCCUGUCACUCACCGACUACCGCAGCUUCGUGCUCCUGGCAUUGACUUGCAAGAGAAUGGCCCUUGUCGUUCUCAACAGCCAGGCAUUCCAAUAUGCAGCUGUUACCGAGGAAGCGGAGCAUGCGAAACUCGGUCAUUAUGAAUAUCUCGUGAAGAAGGCGUACCUGGACUUGAGGAUUGUCCGAUCCAAGCUCCACUGCAGCCACCACUUGUGUCCCUUCUACAUGAAGCCCAUCUGGGCGUGGUCGAAGAACGUCAGAGCCACAGCAGAGAAGAUGAUGCGAGAGCAGAAAGAAAAACUCGCGCAAGACAAGAAAUCCAACGACGAAAAGCGCGAGGUGGCGAGAAUUCGAAUCCCCACCGAGACCGACAACCAAAUCCUCCUCCAAAUCAUCAUCCAAGUCCAGCGAAAGUGA